AUGAGUAAUUUUGACAAGAAUGAGCUUUUCUACAUUGCAGGAGUUGGCUUGAUGUUAAACAUCUUCUUAUUUGCUAUAACAUUGUUGGUUUACCUCUGCAAACCUCGUACAGAAAACACAGACGACAUAGAAGCACUUGAUCAUCUUCAUUAUUUGAACGUCCCUUUAUUACAAGAACACGAAGCAACGAAGGGUUCGAGACUAAUCGAUCUCAUACCGGCCAUGAAAUUCUUACAAGUGCCACUGUCGAAUCGAGGAAACGGGUGUUCGAUUUGUUUACAAGAAAGGUAUGAAGAUGAUGAAGUGUGUAAAGUUCUUCCUGGAUGUCAUCAUGUUUUUCAUGCUGAUUGUAUUGAUCAAUGGUUGAAAAAAAGACAGACUUGUCCUGUUUGUAGAAAGAUUUUUCAACUUGUUCUUCCUAAAAAUCCUAAUACUUGUACAUUAGUAUGA